GCAGCAGCAAGCACUGAAGUCAGACCUGAUCUCAGGAGUCAUCAUGUCUGGAGUUUGGACUGGGCUGUUGCUCAGUGUGUGUGUCUACGUGUGUGUUACAGCUCAGCGAAAUGGACCUCCAGGUUUCCUUCACCACCAUCAUCAUCGGCAGCAUGAUCAACCAGACGAGCCGACACAAAACAUAAGCAGCAGCAAGAUAGAGGUACAGAGUGUGAAGAUAGACUGCAAGGUGGCGUCUCGUUUCGCCCACACUGUCAUGACCUCCACAGCUCUGAACAAGGCCAACGUCUCACAGGAAGUGUUCUUUGAAGUGGAGUUACCAAAGACGGCCUUCAUUACCAACUUCAGCAUGGAAAUUGAUGGUCAGACAUAUUUGGGAGAAGUAAAAGAAAAGGAGAAGGCAAAGAAACAGUAUGAAAAGGCUGUGUCCUCUGGGCAGACCGCUGGCCUGGUCAAGGCCUCAGGCAGAAAGAUGGAGAAGUUCUCUGUGUCUGUGAACAUCGCCGCCAACAGCAACGUCACAUUCACACUUACUUAUGAGGAGCUCCUUCAGCGUCACUUUGGCAAAUAUGAGAUCAUGAUUAGAGUCAAACCCAAACAACUGGUCCAACACUUUGAGAUCGUUGCUGAUGUCUAUGAGCCACAAGGCAUUGCAUUCCUGGACACUAAUGCCACAUUCCUCACCAAUGAACUGCUCCCCUUGGUGGAGAAAACAGUCACUGACAAAAUGGCCCACCUGUCCUUUUCUCCAACUCUGGAUCAGCAGAGGAAGUGCCCAGACUGUGACAGUACACUGAUAGAUGGAGAUUUCAUCAUCACGUAUGACGUCAACCGUGCAAAGGAUAUCGGUGACAUUCAGAUAGUGAACGGGUACUUUGUACAUUUCUUUGCUCCAGCUGAUUUGCCACAACUGCCAAAGAACGUAGUGUUUGUGAUUGACAGGAGUGGAUCCAUGCAUGGAAAAAAGAUGGAACAGACUCUAGAAGCUCUAGUGACCAUUCUAGGUGACUUAUAUGAAGAAGACCACUUUGGGCUGGUCACAUUUGAUGACAAAAUUGAAUUAUGGAGACCAUCACUGAGCAAAGCAUCCCAGGACAAUGUAAAAGAAGCUAAAGAAUUUGUCAAAACUAUUACAGCAAGGCACAUGACGGAUAUCAAUGGAGCUGUUUUGCAUGCCGUGGACAUGCUGACUGCAGCCAAGAAAAACAGCUCCCUCCCGGACAACAGCGCAUCCAUGAUCAUUCUUCUGACGGAUGGAGAUCCUACAUCGGGGGAACAACAUCUACCCCAGAUCCAAGAGAAUGUCCGAAAUGCCAUUGGAGGAAACAUGAGCCUGUUCUGCUUGGGCUUUGGCUAUGAUGUAGACUACGCAUUCCUGGAUGUGAUGGCCAAGCAGAAUGAUGGAUUGGCUCGCAGGAUCUAUGAGGCAUCAGAUGCUGCACUUCAGCUGCAGGGUUUCUAUGAAGAGGUGGCUAGUCCACUCCUAUUAGAAGUGAAUCUGCAUUAUCCAGACAGUCUGGUGAAUUCCUUGACAAACAGCCACUUCAGGCAGCUUUUUGAUGGCAACGAGAUUGUGGUCGCUGGCCAACUGAAUGACCUUGCAGUGGACAACUUCCUAAUUGAGGUGUCAGCCCAAGGGCUAGAGGAGCAGUUUCUUGUCCAGGACCAGGUCAGUGUUGAGGAGUGGGCCCUCAUGUUUCCUGAGCAAGAAUACAUCUUUGGGGACUUCACUGAACGUCUCUGGGCAUAUUUGACCAUUCAACAGCUCCUAGACAAGCGAGACAAGUGUAGACCUGAAGAAAGUGAGAACAUCACAGCUGAAGCCUUGGACCUCUCACUGAGGUACAACUUUGUCACCCCACUCACCUCCAUGGUGGUCACUAAGCCACAAAACGAUGAAAAUCCAGAGGAUGCACUCAUUGCUGACAAGCUGUCUGAGGAUCAACGGCAAGACGUAAUUCCACAGGAUUUCGACUAUGAUAUAGCUCUUACGCCCAUUGCAUUGAAAGGCAGCGCCCAGACACUUUUAGACUUUGCAGUUGAUGGAGAUCCACACUUCAUCAUUGAGAUUCCAGAUGUGAAUGAUGCUCUGUGCUUCAAUACUGAUGACAAACCAGGCACCAUCUUCAAUCUAGUGAGGGAGCCACUCACAGGUUUUGUAGUAAAUGGGCAGACCAUAGGAGACAAGAAAGUGGAACCUGGGAGCAAGGGGCACACCUAUUUUGGUCGCUUUGGAAUCAUUCAUGAGAAGUUUGACAUCAGAUUGAUGGUGACCACACGAGAGAUCCUGGUGUCUGAGCAGGGCAAGCAUGAAGAACUUCUUUGGUCAAAAACAUCUACAGUUAAGCGCCUAAACAUGGAGCUGCAAGUAGCCAAAGACCACAGUUUAACAGUGACCCUGAGGAACACGGUGAAAUUUGUAAUCAUUCUGCACAAAGUGUGGGAGAAGCACCCCUACCACCAGAACUACUUGGGCUUCUACACACUGGACAGCCACUUCCUCUCACACAGUGUCCAUGGCUUGAUUGGGCAAUUUUUCCAUGGAGUGAAAUUUGAGGUCAGCGAACCCUUUCAAGGGAAGGACCCAGACAAACCCGAUGCCACCAUGUUUGUGAAGGGACACAAGCUUAUAGUGACCAGGGGCUGGCAGAGAGACUUCAGAAAGGAUGCAAAGAACGGAGAAAAUGUGUCUUGCUGGUUCAUUCACAAAAAUGGCACUGGGCUCAUAGAUGGAGAGCUUAGAGAUUACAUUGUCUCUGACCUCUUCAAGAUGUUCUGAGAAAGAACAUCUACAAGUGAAAACACAGACUGUCUGCCUUUUUCCUAACCAUUACUGGUCACAAAUAUAUGAGUACACCAUUCAUUUAUGGUUUAAAAAGUACCUGACGGCAGCACAGCAAGAUUUCUAUUGACAAAAAUGAAGACAACGUUGUUAGGGAGGUUUGUACAUGCUUCACAUUAAACACAGUUGCCUGUUGUCCAAACA